AUGUUGUCUAGAGGCCAAUUGUUGAGAUCAUCUGCCAGACAUUACAGUAUUGUUACUAAGGACCUUCCAGGAAAUCUAUCUGUACUAAGAGUUAAGGUACAUGCUGGUUCUCGUUAUGCGAACAAAGAUGGUAUCGCUCAUCUGUUGUCUAGAUUUAACUUCCAAAAUACCAAUACUAAGAGUGCUUUGAGAUUGGUGAGGGAAUCUGAGUUGUUGGGUGGCUGCACUAAGUCUACUGUUGACAGGGAAUAUAUUACUCUGGAGGCCCGCUUCUUGAAAGAAAACCUGCCAUACUAUGUUAAUGCGCUAUCUAAUGUUCUCUACAAGACCUCCUUCAGACCCCAUGAAUUACCAGAAUCUGUUAUUCCAGCUGCCAAGUACGACCUUGCUGUUGCUGAUUCUAACCCAAUCUUCCAAGCCGAAGACUUACUAUACAACAUCUCAUUCAGAAAUGGAUUAGGAAACCCUGUCUUGUAUGACUCUGUCGAAAAAGUUAGCAUUGAUGACUUGAAAGAAUUCUCUUCCAAGGUCUACACAAAGGAAAAUAUCGAAAUCGAAGGUGUUGGUAUUAAUGAAGCAGACUUAAAGAAGUUUGUCACUGAAUCUCUAUUUAACUCUUUACCACAAGGAUCUAACCUGGCUUCAUCCGCCAAGAGUGAAAUUUUCACCGGUAAGGAAAGCAGAUUAAGAAGAAUCGGGGAGUCUGUUGCUUCAGUAGGUAUUCCAGUUGCUUCAAAGGAUUUCGGAAAGUUCCAAGCCCUUGAAGCUUAUUUGAGCUCUGAAUUGUUCCCUCUAACUGACCUUCUAUCGGAAGUUAAAUUCACCAAAUAUCCAGAUGUUGGUUUCUUGACCUUCAGUGUGAAGAACGGUGAUGCUACUGUUGUAUCUGAAAACAUCAAGAAGGUGGUUGGCGAGUUGAAGAAAUCCCAAGAUAUUUCCAAGGCGACUGAACUCGCUAAAUUGAAAUUGGGAACUGAGACCUCUUCUCCUGUAGAUAUUAAAUUUGAUGGUGUCAAGGACUUCAAACUAGAUGACAAGUUCAACUUUGCAGCUGUUGGUGAUGUUUCUAAGUUGCCUUUCCGUGAUCAAUUGUAA